CUCGCUUUUUGAAAUAUUAAUCCAGUCCCUUAACGGUGCUGCUGGUAAUGUUUUAAAAAAAGCGUUUGCGGAGAUUGUUGAUUGGGUUUUAUUUUUGGAACCGAGUGUGAUCUGAUAGCCUUGUUAGGUAUGUUAUAACAUUCCGGUUGUAUGCCGAGAUGGAGAAGUGGGGUCAGCCACUCAGCUGCCUCCCGUUCCCCCAAUGACGUCUGGUUGUUCGGUGGGGAGAGGCGCCGCACUCUCGGCUACCAGGUGCACGGAGCCCUCGUCCCCAUCUCUCCUACCUUCAGAACUGAACACUCAUCAGUUCGAUCCGGAUUCCUUUCCUUAUAUACAUAGAGUAACCCCUUUCUGAUUCUUUGCUGCUGGCGGCGGGCGGCAUCCGUUUCAUGCAUGAGUGGAGGAAGAUUUGAUUUCGACGAUGGUGGGGCGUACUGUGGAGGAUGGGAAGGCGGCAAAGCGCACGGCCACGGCAUCUGCACCGGCCCCAAGGGCCAGGGCGAGUACUCGGGCUCCUGGAACUACGGCUUCGAGGUGGUCGGCGUGUACACCUGGCCCAGCGGCAACACCUACGAGGGUUACUGGUCUCAGGGCAAAAGGCACGGCCUGGGCUUGGAAACUAAGGGGCGCUGGGUUUACAAAGGCGAGUGGACGCACGGUUUCAAAGGCAGGUACGGGGUCAGGCAGAGCCAGGCGAGCGGGGCCAGGUACGAGGGCACCUGGAACAACGGCCUCCAGGACGGCUACGGUACCGAGAAGUACGCGGAUGGAGGUACAUACCAAGGCCAGUUCACAGGAGGGAUGCGGCAUGGUUAUGGAGUGCGCCAGAGUGUUCCAUUUGGGAUGGCCACCAUGAUACGUUCGCCCCUGCGGACCUCACUCACCUCGCUGCGCAGUGAGCAUAGCAAUGGCGCUGUGUUACAACACGAGCCUCCAGGCGACUCGCUGGCCACGGCCACAUCUGCCACCCUGGGGCCGGCCCGCGGCGGCUUCGCACUCAGCCUCCACAGUGCUGGCGAUGCUGAGCAGAAGCCCAAGAGGAAGGGGUUGUUCCGGCGGGCUUCGCUGCUUGGCAAGCUUAGAAAGAGUGAAUCCAAGAGCUCACUGGCCAGCCAGAGGAGUAAGCUGAGCUUCCUGAAGAGUGAAACUGGCCUCAGUUCCGCUGCCAGUGAUGCCAACUCCACCAUCAGCCUGGGCGAAGGUGGUGGCGAUGACUUCCCGCCUAUCGAGGCUGACAUUGAUGCCACAACCACAGAGAGCUACAUGGGCGAAUGGAAGAGUGACAAGCGGUCAGGCUAUGGAGUCAGUGAGCGGUCUAGUGGCCUCAAGUACGAGGGCGAGUGGCAUGACAACUUGCGGCAUGGCUACGGUUGCACCACCUUCCCAGACGGCCGUAAGGAGGAGGGCAAGUAUAAGAACAACGUGCUGAUCAAAGGCAAGAAGAAGCACCUCAUCCCCCUGAGGACCAACAAGCUGCGGGAGAAGGUGGAGAGGAGUAUGGAAGGAGCACAGAGGGCAGCGGCCAUAGCCAGGCAGAAGUCGGAAAUUGCACUGUCGAGGUCUUCACAUGCUAAAACAAAGGCUGAAGCAGCAGAUCACGCUUCCCUUGCUGCAAACAAUGAAUCCAGUAUUGCAAGGGCAAUUGCCAGGGAGCUCUCUCCAACAUUUUACCAACCAGGUCCAGAAUAUCAAAAGAGAAAACUGCUACAGGAACUGAUAGAAAAUGGGGUUAAUGUAGAAAAUACAGACCAAGAGCCCCCGUCAAUAGAAGAACCUCCGCCAACCCCACCAGAGAGUCCUGGAAUCCAUGAUAAAGCUGCAACUCCACUUGAAUCUUCUCCUGCUGUUACUCCUUUGCCGAGCCCCAUAGAGACACCGCCAGAAGUCAGAAAAGUUAGAGAAUCAAAUCUCAAGGUAGAGGACUCCAACUUCCUGAGCCCAGGCAGCUGGAAUGGGGAGCAAAAUAAAAACAGAAGCCUCACCUCCCGAUCUAGCAAUCAUCCUGGAGCAUCUUCUGAUUUAUUGACAGUUCAGAUUGAGAACAGGUCAACUGCCAACAGCCGGAAUCUAUCGAGGAGCUCUAGCCAUCAAAGUAACAGAAGGACGCCAAUAAAAAUGGAGGAACAGUUGCAAAAUAGCUGUGACUUGGACAUAAAACCUUUAGAAAGGUUUGAAGGUAAACCUCGCACAGCUCAAAAGAGCAAACCAAGAGAAACAACGCCACCUCAUCAUAAGGCUGAUGCACAGUUCCAUGAAAGUUAUCACAGCUAUGCUGUACGGCCACAGGUAGGACCUCCUCCACUGGAUUUAUUGGAUGAUGAAGUUUCUGUCCCAUCAUUUUCCUUCAAGAAAGAAGCAACCCCAAAAGGUCCUUCAGGACAAGAAUCAAAAGCAGAGGUUAAAGUGAAGAAGGCAGUACCGGAAUUGGAACCAAAGCCAGCACCUCGGGUGCAAGAAGCUGCACCUCGUCCCAAACAGGAAAAACAGCUACAGGCCCUGCCAGAACACAGACCUCAGUCCAAGCCAGAACCCAAACCUGCACCAAAAUCAGCACCUAAAGUGGUAACACCGUCUAGUACGGAAGGAAGGGAGGUAGAAUCAUUUGAUCAGGGACCUAAUACCAUUAUGAUUGCCAUGGUCAUUUUACUGAACAUUGGCUUGGCCAUCUUGUUUGUGCAUUUCCUGACAUGAUUUGUUUUUGAGUCAUUGCAGACGUCUGUGUUCUGUCUAUUGUUGAGAAUAAGGAAGAUGAAUUUUGGAAAAUUGUACAUUCUGCAAGACUUAGCAUUCAAGAUACUGCAGAAACUGAUUACAAUGGCCCUUCUUGAAGGAUUCUCUGAUCUGUUUUCCAUCACCAGUUUGUGCCCUAAAGUUUUGGAAAUGAGACACAUUGGAAGAGAUACAUCUGAGCUGAAUUUAUUUGUAGAAACUAACAGCUGCCUUACCUUUUUGCCUAUGUUUAUAUUACACAGUAUUAGCUGCCAAGGUUUGUGCUCGACUGCUUGAAUUAUUCUAUUGUAUAAAGGGAGCUGGGGACUCAGAUGGGAGAGGAGUAGAGUAAAACAGAUUCUUAUGGUUCUAUUUCAUAAACAAGAAAGUUGAGUUAGUUCAGGGAGAUCUUGCUCAUGUAUUUUUGUAGCUUGAUGAACUUUUUUGGUUAAAAUGAGUAAAGCAAAAUGAUUUUCAAUAUGAAUUUUACUAUACUUAUUUGGCAUACUUAACUGAAAGAUUUAGGGCUAUAUUUCUCUCUUCACUAUUUCUGGUUUAAAACAAAAGUAAUGUGGUGUUCCCUAGUUUAGAAUCCUCAUUUACCACUAAAAAGACCUUCAGAUGAAAAUACUCCCUUUAGAGCUUGACUUUUGGAAAUGCAAAUGUGGAUGCUGUGCACUGCAUUCAUGGGACUUUUUAUAUGUUAUGAAGGGAAAUAUUGGUCUACUGUGAAUUUUUAAUUAAUUUUUCUCACUAUAUGAUUAUUUUAAUCAAAUGAGUACAAGAACAAUAACUCGUGUUUGUUGCAUGUUUUAACAAUGAAAUGUUUUUAAAUUACAUUUUUAAACUAAUUAUGCAGUCCUGCCAUAAGUAGCAUGCAUUUUUGAAUAACUAAUCAACUAAAGUGAAUGCACAGAUUAGUUCUUAACAUCACUUUGCUUUAAGAUUUAAAUUGAUUAAAAACUCAUAGAAGACCAAAACUAUUUUGCAACAAAUUUAACACUUCACAUUUUGAAUGCCAUUGUUAGUUUGAGAUUGUGCACCUACAGUUUGUAACCAUAUAUUUUUGAGAAGAAAUUUUGGCAUUAAGUUUUAAGUCACAGACAUUCAAAACAAAUGCCUAACAGUACUUUUGCCAGUAUAUUCAAAGUGGGAAAAAUCAGAUUAAACCAGAAAUUUCACACAGUACUUGGUAAUUAAUUGCUUGCAGUUUAGUAUUUUCCUUCUUUUGGCUAAAAUACAAAUGUUACGAGCUGUCUUUCUUCCUUUUCUCUGCAUGUAGCGCACUUUGUAGAAUGUUAGCACAGAUGAUUCUAAACCUUGUUUCACAUGUAGCAAGGUAUAAAUGCUUUUGUGUUGAUAUACAUUCAGGACUGUUUUUUGCUUUGUAAGAUUUAUAUAUAUAAAAAAAGUAUAAAAUUACCUCAGAGACGCAUGCUUCUCCAAAAUUUUGAUUGAAAUGCUUAUUUGGUAUUUUCAGGUCUUACUAUAAUAUGAAUAACUUCACCAGCCACGUUGAACAUUUAUCUUCCAGAUAUUUAUUCAUUUCUACAAAUGUUAUUAAAUACUGUCUUGUUAGCUAUUUCUACAUGAAGUACUUUGUGGAAUGUGCUUAUGUAAAUCAGGAUGUAUUUUUAAUUUACGGCUUUGAUGGUUAAGAAAAAUUCCUACAUGAGUUGAGUGUCCAAAGCAUUCUAUGGUAUUAUUCUUGUGAAGCUGUAUUCUUUCACUGCCAUAUGAUAUGAUGUGAUAAUUAAUUGAAGUGAAGUGAGUUAAAGGUAUCUUAAUUGAUCCAUAAGGCAUUUAUUACAAUGAUAUUAUAAACAAAGGAGGGAUUAGUGCCUUAUACAGCAAAUAUUUCCUAUCACAAAAUAGUUCUGAUGUUAAAAUUUCAUUUAAAAUAGCCAUUUUUAAUUAUCAGUGCUACUGAUAUAAAAAGCUCUAUUUUGAAUGAAAUGUAUUAUAAUCUUAUGACAAAUUGUAGUAUUUUAGAAGUGUUAUAAAUUAUAAUGAUCUCUAAGAUUUUGUCAUUCACCAAAGCUCUGCUUUGAAUGCUUCUUUCUAGAAUGUUUUGACAAGUUAAAACAUUAAGACCUAUUUGAAAUUCUUUUGGUAUUGUUGAAAAUGGACAUUAACAGGUUAUCCAUCCCAACACACUCCUUCCCUCCCCUCUCUGGAGAACACCCUCAACUUUUUCUUAACAUUGUUAGUGAUUUUGAUUUGGGCUGUUAUAAUUUAAAACAAACUAUUUUCUUAACUGUGUCAUAUUUGAGGAACUUGCAAAGAAUGGGACUGAUAUUAUCUAACUGAGCUUUGCAUUAAUGAUGAGAUGAUAAGUACAUUAGAUUUUAUAGCUGAGUAGCACUGAUAUGCUGACUACAGCUUUUAACAACGUCCUUCAAAGACACCUAAGCAUGGGUCUAUUAUGCAAAUCAGAAAUAGGGUUUGGUACCCAAUCACAGUUUGAGAAGACUUAUGGAGCAAUCAUUCACUGUCCACAGUUCAGUCAUUGGGCUUUUUAAUGUAGGACUACAGAAGGAGAUCACUUGCACAGGCAAAGUGUCUAAGGAUUUUUCUGUCAUAUUUUUGUAUGCUAGGAGGAGUAUUAGUACUAUUCACUGGUUUGUUUCUGUCCUGGACCUAUCUUCUCCCCAACCCAUUCCCAAUUUCCUGUGCACAAAAAAAAGCAUUAAACUCCUGAAAGCUGCAGUUUGAAUCUGUUCUGUUUCCAGGCCUCAAAAUCCAUUCUGGCCUCUGCCAAGCAUGAGCAGGUUUAAGGUGGGUGGAGGUGGUUGUCCUAGGUUCUCCUGGAAACUGUUUUCUUGUUAGAAGAAAUCUUUAAUUAAUAUAAACUUUACACUCAAUGCAUUUUAAGGCCAACUGAUUAUUCCAUGCCAGGCACUAUUGGAAAUUACUCUUAGGAUUGUUGCACAGUGUCAAGUCAUGGAGACCUUUGCCAAAUCAUCCUAAAACUGUUGCAAUGGUUGAUAUGUAUUGGUCUUUUCUAUAUAUGGAAUCUAAAUUUUAAAUUAUUUUAAAAUUUGUACUUGAAUGUACAGUAUAAUAUGUUUUUUUGGGAGGGGAGUACUUUUUUCAAAGAUCGUUUAUAACCUUUAUGUUAAGUAAUAUGCAAAAGUAAAACAGUCUUAAAAGAGUUAAGAUUUUUUUUAAAAAUUAAUUUUAAACCAUAAUUCUAUCUCUAUGAAAAUGUCAACAUAGUUUUAAUGACAUAUUCAAAAAUUAUACAAUUGCUUCUCUUUUGUAGGAUCCACACUGAAAUGAUUCUGAUUGAAAGUGUAAAUUAUUUUGGCAGGUUAACCAAAUUUUUCUGACUUUGAACUAGUAAGUGAUUAUAAGAGAAGAUGGGCCAUAUUUACCAGUAUCUUGCCAUCUACAUGUCUACAAUAGGUUGUAAAUAUUUUUAGAGCAAGUUACUGAAAGUGUGAGCUGAUAAUAAAACAAUGUAAAAAAAAGACAAGCAGCUGGAACCCAAGUGAAAUGGGCAAGAAGUUGUGUCCUUAACAAAUCUGUUUGAUGGUUUAUAAAGUGAACAUUUCAUGAUGAUUGAGGGAGAAGUGCAUGUCAGAGUAAGUGAAUUCAAUGUCAAAAAGAUUCAGAAAGUGAAAUAUACAAAAGGGAAAGGAAGAUAUGAUUAUGUGCAACCAAAGCAAUUAAACAAAGGAAUUUGCCUCUUCUAAAAUCUCCAACAAUUUAAAUCUUGAAUGAAGGAGAUUCCUUAUUUAUAAUGCUUAAUUUUAGUGGUCAGAUAAGUACUUACCCUGAUUAUUCUAACAAAUGGGUACUUGGACUGAAAUUGACAUGAUUUAUUUUUUGUGGUGAGUUUAAUAUUUAUCUUCAGUAAAAGUGCAGAAACUGUAUGUACUUUCAAAUUAUUUCAGUGGAUAACAAAGCUGCAAGAUGCAAACCUGAUGCAUCAAAGUGGAAAGAUAAUCUUCAUAAUAAAAUUGAUCACUUUUAUUGUAGUAAAAUACUUCAAUUUCAUCAACUCAACCAGCUUAGUACACCAAAGUAGGCAAUUGUAAAUCUGAUACUUUGGUACAGACUCAGAUAAACUUUAAUUCUGACAUACUGCAUUUAUUGUAAUCAAUAUUUGUCACAUUGAUAAAGUAACUAGAGCACUAUGUUGUAAAAGAGAAUCUUAAUUUAAAAUAGCUAAAUCAUACCAUUGGCAAAAGUGGGUUCGUAUAGUUUUUAAUUUUGAUAGCAUUCAGCACAGUUGAUUCCAUAUUCAUUUGUUGUCCUAUUUUUGUGUGCUUCAAUGGAUACAUGACCCUUGAAAUUCCAAUUACUUAAUAUCAAUAGGUUUCUGGAAUGGUGCUGAGGCCUGGAGAAGAUUUUGAAUUUACUUUUGGAGGGGCAUGUUAAGAACUCAUAUGCAUAUAUCCUUAAUACAAUUAAUGAUUAUGCUGGAGCAGGACUGGCUAAAUUUGCCAAAGAAAUGCUGCAUUAUUUUAAAUCUAUCAUUGUUUACAGAUAAAAUACAACAACUGUUAAGAUACUUUUAUUUUAAUACAAAAGCUGACAAAUUAAAUGUUGCUUCCUCGACUUAGUUACUGAAUUAGUAUUAAGCAAAAUGGCACUUGGUUCACAUUCUACUGAUACUCGAAUUUGACGUCAGCUUUAGUUGUACUUUAGGUCCAUUUUCUCCUAGGCUUUUGUCACAUGUACAGGAACCAUGAGAGACUUUCAGUGCAACAGCAAGAUCAGUCUGUUGUAGGAAUAAAGCAAUUAAGAUAUAGAAACAGGUCCAUGCUCUUCCUCUCAGUAACAUCAAGGCUAAUCAUUUAUCUUAAUGUCACUUUCCUGAAUCAACUCCAGGCUCUUUGCUUCCCAUAAUAUCCUCUAGUCUCUAUCUUGAUUAUACCCAGUAUUUUACCUACCACGGCCCUUUGUGUUACAGAAUUCUGAAGGUUCAUCAUACUCCAUGUGACACGUUUCUUCUCGUGUCUGAAUGACUAACUCCUAAUUUUGGGGAUUGUGAUCUUUGGUCUAGGUAUGCCAGCUGGACAAAAAUCAUUCCUACAUUUACCCUGACAAACCCACAAUGUUUGUAUAUUUCAAUGAUUUUAACUCUCAUUAUUCCAAAAGCUGAAGGGUAUGCAUUGUAUUUUAUUUACUCGGCCAAUAUCUGCAAAGACAUGAAUUACUACUUGUGGAAAUUUAUGGCCACUAAACAUGGAUUUACCAUCAAUAAUGUUUUGUUUCUGACUCUUUUGAAGUUGUAUUCCUUAAAUCCCUUAUUUCAGCUGUUGCUUAGCAUGAAUCACUGCAUGCAUAAUGACAUUGAACAGAAUUUGCAUACAGGGUCCUAAAAGAAAUUAAUUUUAUCACCAGUUUUGAUGAAGGUUCUCAGCCCAAGAUGUUGACUGUUUAUCUUUUCCAUGGAUGAUGCGUAGUCUGCAUUUUGUGUAUGUUAUUUGAUUUCCGGCGUCUGCAGAUUUUCUCUUGAUUUUCACGUGAUCAUAUUGGGUUUUCUCCUAAAUGGAGUGAUAGUGAAAUCGUAAAGUUUGUAAUAAGUGUAACCUGUUCAAAAAAUAUAUCAUGCUUGGACUCAGAACAGAUUAAAUAGAUUUUCCUUUGGUUUAAUAGAAAUAUAGAACUAAUUUAUUUUGCUGCAUCUCUGAAAUGAAAAGCUAAGCAUGAUGAUGUCAGAUUGUUUAUACAUUUUAUAAACAGUUAUUACAUUUAUAAAACAAUCUGAUGUAAUAAAAUUAUGUUGGAUGGUUUAUAAUUUGUUCAUAAAUUUUGUUGAAGAAAACUAAUGAACUGUGAUUUUUACAAGAUUGGCAUUGCCUAGGACUGAUUAAAUGGUGGUUGAUCAGUUUGAAACAAUAUUUUUUACUGCAAUUGGUGGGGUUUAAUUGAAUAAGAUUUUAAUCAGUCUGAGAAAGAGGUAAUUGAAAAUUGUGUACACACAGUGGAAACAAUAGAGGUCACUUCCUAGAAGUGUCUCCUAUGAAGAAAUGAAACUGGUGAAUAGCACAAAUUCCUGGUAACCUCACAUCUCAAACAUAUAUUGACAAAGUAAAUUGGUAAAAAGUAAAUAAGUAUUUGAAACAAAUAAAAAUUUUGAAUGUCGCAUUACAGUGUUUCAUCAUAUUCCAUUGCCAGACCUUCCAAGAGAAACCAAAAAUGCCUCAGAAGUUCCUGCAGGCAAUAAAUUUGGUAUGAGCCCUCUAAACACUAUUCAAAACAAAAGUCUUGUCAGUUUAUUUUAUGGAGAUAUUAAUGUUUUAUUAUUUCUUAAUCAUACUGAUUUUUC